AGGAACUUCUUCAGAGAGAGCCAUUGCAGUUCUUCCCAUAAAACCUCAUUGGAGUCAUCAUGGAGGUGGUGGUACACCACCCUCAUUAAAUUCACAACUACUGUACUCUCCCUCUCGUUCCACACUCUCUCUCGAACCUCUCAUGUCUCUGCAGCUUCAACCCUCCUUGGCCAUGGCUUCUCUUCCUCUGCUCAACUUCUCAUGGUUCUAAUUAUCAUUUUUUUAAUAUUAUUUCCCCCCAAUUAUCUGUGUUUGAGAGAGAGAGAGAGAGAGAGAGAGAGAGAGAGAGAAUGGGCCAUCAUUCAUGCUGCAACAAACAGAAAGUAAGGAGAGGACUAUGGUCACCUGAGGAAGAUGAGAAACUCAUCAACUACAUUUCCACCUACGGCCAUGGUUGUUGGAGCUCAGUUCCAAGACUCGCAGGCCUUCAAAGAUGUGGAAAGAGUUGCAGGCUAAGAUGGAUUAAUUACCUUAGACCUGACUUAAAAAGAGGAAACUUCUCUCCUCAAGAGGCAUUGCUUAUCAUACAACUCCAUAGAAUUCUUGGUAACAGAUGGUCUCAGAUAGCCAAGAACUUGCCAGGAAGAACUGAUAAUGAAGUCAAGAAUUUCUGGAACUCAAGUGUAAAGAAGAAGCUCUUCUCUCAUGUUGUUUCUGAUCUAGCUACCAUUCCUGAUGAUCAUGUCUCCAUUAAUAAUCACCAAUAUUCUGGUUUCAAUGAGGUUGGGUUGCCAAUGACAACUGAAAACCCUAACUUCAUCAUUGAUGCCCCACAAGAACAUUUUCAAUUUCACAAUCCUAUUUAUUCUGCACCUCAAAGUUCCAACAAUGGUGAUCUCAAACCUGUGACCGGAUUCGUGGAUUACGAUAUGAUCAAUUCUCAUGGAAUUCCACCCAUGUUUUUCCAAGAUGGAUCUUCUUCUGACCCAACAUGGUCUUUCAAUUAUCAACCCCAUGAGAAUCAGGAAAAUGGUGAUCAUCUCCUGUUUUACUACCCCCAAGUUGAUUCCAAGUUUAUUUCAACAUCAUUUGAUGAUCCACUGGUGAUGUCUGAGAUGCCAAACUUGUGUGAAAUGUUGGAUUUGGACAUGGAUGAAUGUACUGGUUUGCCAUCAUCAUCAUCAUCAUUAUCUUCGUCUUCUUCUUCUUGUGCUACACAUGAAGUCGACCCAACUGCUGCUACUAGCCUUCCAAUAAAUUUGCUAUCUGGGUCUUAUUCAUAUGUACCCACCAAUCAAAUGGAUUGCAUUGUUGCUGCUCUCAUGCCAUCAUCCUCAUCAUCAUCCUCUUUACCAUGUGGGCUUCUUGGUAUGAACCCUAACGUCCCCCCAUCUUGGUAUGAACUCUAA